GGUUUCAUUUCGUGCGCAAUUGAAUUUCAAUUUGCCCUCCUGUCCUUCAAGGACUGAAUUAUCCCUCUCCUCCUCGCCUCGUACCGCUUCUUUGCUUCUCUUUCACACGCAGCUCCGCUUCAUCCUCCCUAUUCAAACCCUAUACCUAACCUAACCUCCUUCCAUCGGAUUCGAUAUGAAAGGCGGUAAAUCGAAGACGGAGUCGAUGAAACCACACGCCAAGCUUGCGGUGAAGAAAGGUGCAGCCAAGAAAGGGAGUAAGAAGGCAGGAAAAGAUCCUAACAAACCCAAGAGGCCCGCCAGUGCCUUCUUCGUUUUCAUGGAAGAGUUCAGAAAGAAGUUCAGCGAGGAGAAUCCGAAUAACAAAGCAGUAUCUGCUGUUGGCAAAGCUGCAGGACACAAAUGGAAGUCGAUGUCUGAUGCUGAAAAAGCACCUUACGCUGCUAAGGCCGACAAGAGGAAGGUUGAAUAUGAGAAAAACAUGAAGGCCUAUAACAAGAAACAGGCUAGUGGAGCCAAUGCUGCAGAGGGAGAUGAGUCUGAGAAGUCAACGCCCGAGGUGAAUGGUGACGAUGAGGCAGGAGACGAUGAUGGCAGCGAGGAGGAGGAGGAUGAGGAGUGAUGAAGAUGUAGAUGAUAAUUAAGUCAUUUAGGCUGACCUUCCAACAGUAAUGGUCUGAUCAUUUCCUGUUAAAUGUCUUUAAUAUCAUGAAAAUAUAUUGGUAUCUCCCUGUUAUUUUGUUUGUGCAUUCAGGAACCACCAAUGGGUUGUAAUGGGAGAUCAUCUGUGUCAUGUACCUUACAAUGUUUAGUUGUUCCAACCCCCAACUAUCUUUUUUAAUUUUUCAACUAAGAUGGCAAGAACAGAAGAUGAUGAGGAUGAAGAUGGUACCAAACCCACGCACUAAAUCUCUUCUCCUUCCUACUAUGGACCAACUAUUAGAGCCUGCACUCGACCUCUGAAUUCGAGAUAUGCCACCAGAAUGCUUGCAUGGUGUGUCCUGUUAAUGUUUGUUUGUUUGUUUCUUUUAAAUGUUCAUCCUUCAUUACUGAAUCAAGGCAACACUCAAGGUGUUCUUUCAUUCUUUCAAUGUAAUUCAAGAAAUGGUUGAUCUGAUGGAUAAUUCGUUAUAAA